AAAUGAGUAGUCUCAAGAAACACCAGAUAAUUCACACUGGGGAAAAACCGUAUUGGUGUUCUCAGUGUGAAAAGUCCUUCAGUACAAAUGAUAAUUUCAAGAGCCACCAGAGGAUCCAUACCGGGGAAAAGCCGUAUCAUUGUUCUCAGUGUGGAAAGACUUUUAGUCAAAUGAGUAGUCUCAAGACACACCAGAUAAUUCACACUGGGGAAAAGCCAUACCAUUGUUCUCAGUGUGGAAAGUCUUUUAGUGGAAUGACUCAUCUCAAGACACACCUGAUGAUCCACACUGGGGAAAAGCCAUAUCAGUGUACUACAUGUGAGAAGGGUUUCAGGAGUAGCAAGAUUAGAAUCCACCAGAUGACCCAUACUGGGGAAAAGUCACAUCAUUGUUCUCAGUGUGGAAAGGCCUUUAGUCAAAUGGGUAGUCUCAUCAGACACCAGAGGAUCCAUACUGGGGAAAAGCCGUAUUGGUGUUCUCAGUGUGAAAAGUCUUUUAGUAGAAUGUCUCAGCUCAAGACACACCAGAGAAUUCACACUGGGGAAAAGCCAUAUCAUUGUUCUCAUUGUGGAAAGACUUUUAGUAGAAUGGGUGGUCUCAAGAAACACCAGAUGAUUCACACUGGGGAAAAGCCAUAUCAGUGUACUACAUGUGGGAAGGGUUUCAGGAGUAGCAAUACACUUAGAAUCCACCAGAUGACACAUACUGGGGAAAAGACAUCAAAAAUGAUUUGAGUGUUUUUUCAAGUAUGUACAGUAUAUGUGGGGUGGGGGGGAUUUGUGUUUUGGUGUGUACAACAUGUAGUUGACAAGCAGCAGUUAGCGCUUGUCCUCUUCAUUAUUUACAUGCUCCCCCUCGGUCAUGUCAUCAGCAGACAUGGGAUGUCUUUCCACUGUUAUGCUAACGACACACAGCUUCAUAUCAAAACUGCCCCAAGCCCCACUGCAGCCAUGUCAUGUCUCACCGCCUGUCUUGGGGAGAUAAAGGCAUGGAUGAGCAACAACUUUCUCCAGCUAAACAGUAGCAAAACCGAAGCCCUUCUUGUUGGCACUCCACACCAGGUUCAGUC